UAUUGAUUAACUGCUGUUACAAACUCUUGCUUGCUGCAAAUACAUGGUGUGUGUUGUAAUGUGUGAUUGGUCACAGGAUCUUUGUGAACAGAAGCCUGACACUAGAAAACAUCAAAUGCUAUGGGUUUGAUAUGGACUACACAUUGGCAAUUUACAAAUCACCUGACUUUGAGAACAUGUGCUUUGAGAUGAUCAGAGACCGACUGGUUUGUAUGGGUUACCCUCAUGAUCUACUGCGCUACACCUAUGACCCCAGCUUUCCCACAAGAGGUUUGGUGAUUGACACAACAUUUGGCAAUCUCCUCAAGGUGGAUUCAAAUGGGAAUAUUCUGGUCAGCUCUCAUGGCUUCUACUUUCUCAAAGGGUAUGACAUUAAAAAAUAUUAUCCCAACAAGUUUAUUCAGAGGCAUGACACUGAUCGCUUCUACAAUCUCAGCACUCUCUUCAAUCUGUCUGAGACUUACAUCUACUCCUGCCUCGUGGACUUCUUCACAAGAUGCACACGAUACGAAAACCUAACCACAGGUUUCCAACAUGGUGACCUGAUGAUGACCUUCAGAAGUAUGUAUCAGGAUGUCCGAGCCGCCAUGGAUUACAUUCAUGACAAAGGUGUCCUUAAGGACAAAACCAUUAGGAAUUUGGAGAAGUACGUAGAAAAGGAUCCUAAUCUGCCAUACUUUUUAACAAGAAUUAAAGAGGUGGCCAAAGUGUUUCUGGCAACAAACAGUGACUACUGUUACACAGAAGCUAUAAUGAAAUACCUACUAGAAACCACAGUUAAGCCUGGCAGUCCCAUAAAACCUUGGCGCUCCUACUUUGAUCUCAUUGUUGUGGACACCAGGAAGCCCCAGUUCUUUGGAGAUGGGACAGUUCUGAGACAAGUGGACACGGACACAGGAAAACUGCGUAUUGGAACCUACAUAGGGGACCUCCAGCAUGGGACUGUGUAUUCCGGAGGUUCCUCCGACGUAAUUUGUGAUCUGCUAAAUGUCCAGGGGAAGGACAUCCUGUAUGUUGGAGACCAUAUCUUUGGAGAUAUCCUCAGAUCCAAGAAGAGACAGGGCUGGAAAACGUUUCUGGUGGUACCUGAGCUGAGUAAGGAGCUGGAGGUGUGGGAGAAGAACAGAGGUCUGUUUGAGGAGCUCAAGCGCCUGGACAUCUUCUUAGCAGAGCUUCACAAAAACGUGGACAGCACAGAUCCAGAGAUUCAUGCUAUUCAGUACAGAAUGAAGGUGCUGACCUACAGAAUGGACAUAGCCUACAGUCAGAUGGGCAGCCUUCUGCGGAGUGGAGCCAGACAGACCCUCUUUGCCAGUCAACUAAUAAGAUAUGCUGAUCUCUACUCUACCAGCUGUAUCAACCUACUCUUCUACCCACUCAAUUACCUUUUCUUGGCCCCUCCAGUCCUGUUCUUCUACUCUUAGAUGGCCCAUGAAAUGACCUCUGCAGACAACCCUCCCGACUAUUCAGAGCUCUGACCUAUAUCUUCUCUCUGAGACAUCUUGACUCACAGCAACCUACAACAUAAACAGAAGAGUCUAUUUUAUAUAUAUAAAAACAAUCAGUCAGCUUAAUACAAUUACCUCUUGUUCAUCAGUGGCAUAAAGGUUAACAAUGUCUUUGAUGCUAUUAUCCCAUUAGUUCAGAUGCUAGUAGCUUGAAAGCAGCUCCCUCUGCUGGACAUGGGCUCCCAUCCAAAACGCACAUAGACAAUUCAAAGUGACAUUUUUUUAUUCAUUUUAAAGUGGUUUAAAUAUGACUAUUAUAAUAUGUUAAAUGUGCUUGCUUAAGAUUGAUUUACAGAUACAAUAAAAGAUUAAUAUAUUAAUAUAGAAAACUGGCAAGUAAAGAAUUGUAUUAUUUAAUUCGCUUUUAAUAUUUGUGUUUAUUUGUGUUAAAGUCUGUAUUAGCCCUUGUACUGCGGUUUGUGUCUUGCCCACCAGAUGGCAGUGUAUCCCACCAGGGACAAUAUUCUGCGCUCCAGUGCGAAAUGCAUGUAAAUGUUUCGUUUAUAAUGCCUCACAUACGUUUCUAUAAGAUGUGUACCGUGUUGAAACAUUCUUGUUGUUUUCUCUUGUUGGGCUGUGGGACAGACCCCUGUGCUAUCUCCUGUGCCUCAGACAGCCCUGCUCCCUGAGACUAAACUUUAUCAGGUCACAGUGCACAGGAAUUUGCUGUUUCUAAAUCUCUGCCUGCACUCUUCAUGGAAAAAAGCAUCGUCAGACUAGCAGAGCAGCAAAAAAUCAACUAUAUCAAUUUAUUAUCACUGUCAGUGGAAAUCGAAAACUGAUUUGGAAGAAAAGUUUAAAGUGUUGAUUGCCUCCAUACUAGAACUGCACCAUUCAUUAAAGUGAUAUUUUGGUCAAAUA